AAAUUCCGAGAGACGGCCAAGGUGUUCCGCCCGGAAGACAUGCCGUUGGUGACGCGUAAGGGCGUAUACCCCUAUGAGUACACUGAUAGUUGAGCUAAAUUGGACGAAACGGAAUUACCACCUCAGGACGCUUUCUUUAGUCAGUUGAGUGAGUCUAAUAUUGAUGAAGACGACUAUAGAUAUGUCAUGGAGGUGUGGAACCGUUUCGACUGCUCAACCCUCGGUGAGUACAGCGACCUAUAUCUUAAGAUCGACGUGUUGUUGUUGGCUGAUGUGUUUGAGAACUUCCGCGACAUCUGUAUUUCAACAUACAAUUUGGACCCGGCGCACUAUUACACCGCGCCUGGUUUUAGCUUCGAUUGUAUGUUGAAGUACACUGGGAUGAAGCUGGAGCUCUUGAACGAUUACGACAUGCUACUGAUGGUGGAACAGGGCAUUCGUGGUGAGCUAGUGCAGGCCGUCAAGCACUAUGCAAAGGCCAACAAUUCUAGGACACCCAAUUACGAUUCGUCAAAACCAGAAUCAUGGAUCGUGUACCAAGACUGCAAUAACCUUUACGGGUGGGCUAUGAGUCAGCCCAUGCCUUACGGUGGCUUCCGGUAGUAUAAAGGAGCAGACCCUCUGGCUGACCUCCAAUCAUUGUCGGACACUGGUAAUACGGGGCGUAUAUAUGAAGUGGACUUAUCGUAUCCACAAGAGCUCCAUGACGAGCACAACGACUUGCCGUUCUUGCCUGUCAACGAUGUACCGCCGGGUUCCAAAGAGACCAAACUCAAGGCCACUUUGAAACCCAAACAGUGGUACGUCGUACACUAUGUCAACUUAAAACAGGCAAUUGCACACGGACUGCAAGUCGAUAAAAAAUGUGCACCGCGUUUUAGAGUUUCAAUAAAGUGCUUGUUUGAAACCAUACAUUGAGUUGAACACUGAAAUGUGGAAAAAGGCGGCAAAUGGUUUUGAAAUAGAAUUUUUCAAACUAAUGAAUAAUGCCGUCUUUGGGAAAACAAUGGUGAACAUGCGGAAACGCAUCCGCAUUGAGCUAAUCUCCAGUCCCGAACGUCUAAGGAAGCUCGUAAACCAACCAACCUUCAAAAACUGUAUCAAAUACGGUGAAAGGUUGUGCGCCGUCAUAAUGGACACAAAGAUGGUCAAGUUUAUCAAACCAAUAUACGUCGGUUUAGCAGUGCUUGACAUUAGCAAGACGCUAAUGUACAAGUACUUCUACGACGUAUUGAAACCACAUUAUGGCAGUGCAAUUGAAUUGGUUUACAUGGAUACAUACUCCUUCUUAUACCUACUCAGAGUAGGCGACUUCUACCAGGAUUUAGCUGAUAGUCCCGAUUUACUGGUGCACGUGGACCAGUAAUCGUGCUUCAUCGUGCUUUAAAAGCGUGUUUUUUAG